AUGAUUCUAUUAUUGAAUAUAUUACUAGCAUUUCUGCCCAAUUUUUUUGACAAAUUUGCAUCAAGCGAAUUUGCAUUUAUGGGACGAGAACCAACUGCACUCAAUCCAACUUUGUAUAAUUCGAAAACUGAUUUGAUCAUACAACUCGAUGAUAUGACUUUCAAUGACACAGUCUUUUGUCAACAUUCACCAUUAUCAUUAUCAUCAGCUGAUUAUGAUAAUAAUUGCACUGCUUAUGUUGUAGAAUUUUACUUAGAUUGGUGCGGACAUUGCCGCACAUAUGCGCAGACUUACAAAUCACUAGCUCGUGAUCUUCACGGAUGGAAUAAAAUGGUUCAAUUAGCUGCGAUAAAUUGCGCUGAUCCACUUAAUGAAAUUGCAUGUCAAACAAAUAAUGUUUUAUUUUUUCCAUAUAUUAAGUACUUCCCACAAAAUUCAAGCAAUCCAAACAAUGCGAUACCAAUUGAAACGUUACAAUCAGUCCGUGGAAUGCGUGAUUUAAUCACUGAAAUGAUUUUACUCGAUUACAGUAUAAAUCGACCAUCCAACUGGCCAAAUUUUGAUUUUUUACGAAACUUUGAAAAAUAUAAUGAAUUGUGGAGUGAUUUUGAUAAGUCAGUGCAACUGCUGGUAAUUAUUUUUGAAGAAAGAGUAGAAUCACUUACUGGUGCACAAUUAAUACUUGAUGUGAUUAAAUACAAUAAUCGCUUGACAGUACGACGAUGUUUAAAGAAUCAUUCACUUGUUGAUGCCUUAUAUAUUAAAAAUUUUCCAUCAAUGGCAAUUUUUAAGCGUGAACAAAUGAAACCAUUGUUUGUCGCUGAGUUGCGACGACUAUUUUUCAAUGAAUUGGAAAGUUUUCUGACUAAUGAAGAGAGCAAAAAUGAAAUUAUACAAAAUACUGUGCAAAAUCAAUCAAUAUGCGAGAAAGAUAUUGUAAAGUGUCGUCAAAAAUAUUUCGUAUCUGAAGCAGAUAUGUUGAAAGCUAUGCGAUAUGCGUUAUUUGAUGAAGUAACACGAAGUGGUAAAUACCUUAUGGGCAAUAAUCUAACAGCCAUUCGUGAUUUCUACGAUGUACUUGCUAAGAAUUUUCCAACAAAAACAAUUUAUUAUAAUAUUACUGACGAAAAUAAGCAAUUAUCGAAAAGCAAACGAGCAGUUCAUUUGUUCGAGAAAAUGCGCAAUUAUUUAGAUCAAAAGGGAAUGAAAGAUGUGAUUCCAAUUAAGGAAUAUAAGAAAAAAUUCAUUAAUUUAGAAGCAGAGAACAGUUAUCCUUUUCCGGUAGAAAUUGAUUGGGAACAUUGUGCUGGUUCAAGUCCAAAAUUUCGAGGCUAUUCUUGUGGCCUAUGGACAACAUUUCAUGCACUUACUGUUCAAGCUUAUAAAAAUGGUUUAAAUGAUUCGAAAUUUGUUCCAAUAACUCCACUGGUAGCAAUUCGAAAUUGGAUAAACAAUUUUUUCGGUUGUCAGCAUUGUCGUGAACAUUUUCUUCGAAUGACAACCCAAACAUUUCCUAUGGAAAGUCAAGUGCAUCAACCGGAAGAUACAUUCAUGUAUUUGUGGCAAGCACACAAUAUCGUUAAUGCUCGUCUUCGCGGUCAGGAUACAGAAGAUCCUGAAUUUCCAAAACAACAAUUUCCACCUGAUUUUUUAUGCAGUACCUGUCGGCACGAGGGAUAUUUUGACAAUGAACAAGUGAAAGAUUUUUUGCUUAUUUACUACAAUGCUAUUAGGCCUUUUUUAGGUUUUAAAUAA